CUAAUAUGUAGCUCAGACAGUUCUAAUUAUUUUGUAAAAUUUAAUUAACUGUUAUUUCUCCAGAAUUGCAUAAGGCACUGGUAAUGAUGGAAAUGGGAACUAGUAGAAAUCCAGAAAAAUUGAAAAUAGUCUUGAAAAAUAUAACGCUUCUCAUAACACAUGUUCACGGAAUACGAUCCCUUGGUUCGGCAGCUCUGAAUAUGUGCAUGGUGGCUCUUGGUGGUGCUGACGUUUCUUUUGAAUUUGGUAUACAUGCAUGGGAUAUUGCAGCCGGAGAUCUUAUUGUUCGAGAAGCCGGCGGUGUAUCGAUAGAUCCAGCUGGUAAACAAUUGCAAAUAUUAUGAGUCAAACAAAAGAUACUGCAU